AUGGUUCUAGCUACUCGGUCGCAACUGUUGGCGAUAUUGUUGCUCUGCUUUUGCAUCAAUAUAUCAAUUGCUGACAGAUGGGGAGGUCAUAUUCAAAGGCGUGAUGGGCCUACAACUCCAUCAAUUACAGGAGCCGAAACCACGGCGAACACACCCUCGACGGUAUCACAAACGCAGUCCAAGCAGACAACACAGGCAGAAGACCAGAGUGUAGCAAGUGAAGAUAUCAGAUCUUCAACCACUAGCUCUAGAUCUGAGCAGGCCGCUAAGUCGACCACCACACUCAUUACAAGCUCGUCGUCGAGCCCAACUAUGACUCCAUCUUCUCCUGCAGGAGAAGUGGCAACAGCGACACUUAAUGCUAAUGCAAUUUCAAGUGCCGUAUACGAUGGCCCAUUUAAUUCAACGAUUACUCCAGGACUUCUCCCUAUUACACCACGCAUCACUCCAGGUUUCGGCAUCGUAGGCAUCAUAAUGAUGCUUAGUGGAGCCGUUUACACCGUUGUUGGAAUUAAAAACAAGCUCCUCCAUAUCUACCUUUCAGCCGCCUACCUAUCCAGCCUGUCGAUUGUGGUUCUCAUCUUAUACGUGAUGAAUCUACCAGUUACCGAUGCGGUACAGGGUGCAUAUGUGGUGGCGGCUGUCAUGACGGGGUUGAUUCUUGGAGGUGGUGCACUAGUUUUCCCAGAGCUCACGGAAGGCCUGGCCUGUUUACUUGGGGGGUUCUGCGUCAGCAUGUGGCUAUUGGUACUGAAGCCUGGCGGUUUACUAACUUCUACCACUACGAAAGCGAUAUUCAUUGCGGCCUUUACUGUGGCUGGUUUUUCCACUUCGUUCAGCCAUUACACUCGACCCUAUGGAUUGAUUGGUGGUAUCUCAUUUGGAGGCGCUACUGUGCUUGUUCUCGGGAUUGAUUGUUACUCGCUCGCGGGUCUCAAGGAGUUUUGGGCAUAUCUUUGGGCUCUCAACGAUAAUCUUUUUCCCCUCGGAGCAACCACUUAUCCAUUGACUAGAGGAAUCAAAGUUGAGAUUGCAGCCAUUAUCGUUAUUAGCAUCGUGGGUAUUCUGUCACAGAUGAAACUGUGGAAGAUAAUCAGGGAUCGCCGGGACAAACGAACUACGGAAAGACUUGAAGAUGAGCGCAGCGUGGAGAGAGAGGAAGAGAACGUCGGGAAAAGGAUUGAAAAUCUCAACGCCCGGGAGAGGAAUCAAUGGGAGAAUGUCUACGGUGACAAAGAUCGAGCACCGCGACUAAGCGUCACAUCUCAAAGAGAUUCUGGAGUCGGAGAUAUGGACAGUCAAAAGAAAGGUCCCACGAGCACAGUGGUGUCGGUCGCCCGAUCUGGAGAGGAUGACAUUGAGAUGUCUGACAUCCCCACGCAGGUCCCCUGGAAGCCAACUGGGCUCGUAAUGUCGGACCGUUCCCACGAGAAUGGCCCAGUCACCAUUCGAGUUUCCCGAGAUAUUGGCCCUGAGCCUAACAACGAGAACAGCGAGCCUUCAACAGAAGGUACAAACGAGAAACGACAAAGUCAUAUGUCUCUAGCGCCCCAACCUGACGAAGCACGAGCAGACGGCCUGUCGUCGAAGCGACAUUCAAAUCGAUCAUCAAAUCCGCCACUUUCUGUUCGCGUAUCUAUGGCACCCGACGUUGUACCGCUGCCGUUUAGAGUUCCAGAAGGAGUCGAGGAUGACGAUAGAUCAUCUAUUGCUACUUUUGCUGACGAGGAACGUGAAGGGCAGAAGCCACGAUACUUAAAACACAUGUCAGCAGGCUCAGCACUAAUUCGCAGGCUCUCUGACAGAUCCAUGAUGAGCGGUUCACCUAGGAGUUCUAAGAGAUUCUCUAUCAACGAUGGACCCAGUACAGAGGAUCUUGUCGUACCCCACGAAAUCGAUGAAGAUGGGAGGAGCUCAGUGGCCGCAACUCUGGAUGGACUAAGCGACGAGGACGAGAGGAGUAUCCGUUCCUCGAUGGGUCACGCACAUGGAAUCUACGAGACCACAGCAUCCGAAGUUGGAAUAAGCGGUAAGGGAGACAAGCUAAAGGAAGCAAAUUUGAGCCAGCAAAGCGCUGUGGUGGUAGAUGCCAAGGACAUGUCAGAUCCAAAUUUUGAUUCCAGCAAACUCCAACCUCAAUCGCCUCGGGACGAUAAUUCAGAGGCUGUCGCGCUAAGUGACGCGAAACGACCCAGGACAGCUCGUUCCGUUGCGUCGGCAGCGACAAGUUCUAAAUCAAGACCGCCUAGUUUUACGGCAGCCCAACUCCCACCCCAACUUUCCAAGGUCGUUAUGUCCUAUCGAACCAACGAAUGGGCGAAACACCUCAGCAACGCCGAGGUACCUGACUUGGAAGAACUGAAGAUUGAGGAGCCUGUCGGGAACGAACAGGCCGAAGCAGCAGCACCUGUUGACGUUGAGGAUUUGCAGCAGUCAGCUUCAUCUGCUGCGAAGCCUGCACCCCUCAUUCGGUCUAAUACUUCAGGCUCGAAAGCAAGUGUUUCGCCAUACGCUACACUAGCCGACUCGUCUCCUGGAUUGCCUGGACUACCGAAUACGCCAACAUACAGCACAUCAAUACAGUCUCCACCAACGAAUGCCAAAGGAAGACUAUCCAGCGGACCAAGCCUGCCUCGUUCCAUCGCCGAGUCGCCCGUCGAGGAUAGUUUCUCUGCUCCCACUACUCCAGCGUUCUACCAGGCGCCUGCUGCAAACAUUCCAUAUGGGAGCACAAACACGCUGAUGGGCCGUCGCGAAUCCAUGGUUCGCAACAAGUCCUUUUUCGGCUCUACGCCUGAUCUUCCUCGUAAUCUCCCUCCACAAGCUCAUCAGAAUCUUCCACCUCAGGCGCGAAAUUUCAAGAGCAUGCCAGGAACUCGUGUUGGCAGUGAUGCAGGUUCUAUCUACAAUGGUCGUAACAGCAUGAGCAACCCUGCACUAAACGAGCUGGACACUGACAAUAUCUCCCUUUCUCAACGUCGAGACAUGAUUCGUCAAUCCUCCCUCCAUGGAGCUGCCUCACCCAUGAUACACAAUGCACCACCGAACUUCGACUCUCAUCAACCGCAGCGGCAAACAUCUGUUCCCACAUUGGCUGCCAGAGAGCAACAACUGGCUUCGUGGCGAGCGAGCGUGCAGCAAGAUCUAGGAAGUACUCAUGUACCGCAAACCAACAUUGAGCGGCAGCGAAGCUUGCUCUGGCAAGAACGACAAGCAGAGGAACAGAGACGAGCAAUGGAUGCCAUGAUGAAAGGUCAGAAAGAUUCAGCUUUUGACGAGCGAAUGAGGAGGGGCGAUAUGCUUGUGGCUCACAGGGACGCUCUGAGGAGAAUGCAGGCUGCGGCUAAUAAAAAUGCUUGA